AAUAUACAGGUAGUGAUUAUUUCUUACUGGUCAUUUCAAUUGCAUGAUACCUCUCCUGUCCUAUUUUUUCUCAAUACAUAUUUGUGUUCAUUACAAUAAUUUUGUAAAUUCUGGAGAAAAAUAUGUUGACUCAUGUUCUUACAGCUUUAACAAUUUUUACUAGCCUAACCUACAUUUCAAGACGUUUUUAUCUAUGGAAGUUAUCAUCAGGAGUAAGAAAAUGUAAUGGCCGCUGUGAUGUUAAUGAACGUAGUUCGGAAUACUCUCAUCAUCAUCAUCAAGGAGGUGUUUGGAAUAAAGGAAAACUUCCACCAGGGCCAAGAGGGUUACCUAUCAUCGGAAAUCUUCAUCAGUUAUUAUUAACAUCAAAGAAACAACAUGAAAUCAUCAAUGAAUGGGCCAAUGAGUUUGGAGAUGUUUUUACUUUUCGGAUAUUUUCGACGAGAUUCGUGAUUUUAAGUAGUUUACCCGUGAUCCGGAAAACGUUUCAGAAUGCAGAUAUCAAUGACAUGGCUACCAUUCCACCGUGUAAUAAAGCACUUGGUAUACAUCCAGAUAAAGGUGUAGGCAUCAUUGCUGCAAGUGAGGGACCUGAAUGGAAGGAUCUAAGAAGAUUUUUGAUCUCUAUUUUGCGAAAAAUGAAACUUGGUCCAAAUAGUUUUGAGAAAUUUGCUGCUGAGGAAGCCAAAAGGCUGCUCGAUAAUUUCCAUUCAAAAAAUGACGAGUUCUUUGACCCAAUGAAUGCUGUUAACAUCGCUGUCGCGAACAUAACGACCAGAUUGACAAUGGGGAAAAGAUAUUCCUAUAAUGAUAAAGAGUUUCUCCGACUCACUCAACUAGCUGAUGAUACUUUUGAAUACUUUGGAACAGGUGCCAUCUUUUCACUUGUUCCAGAACUCUCAUAUCUACCGUCUGCAGGCAGUAAGAGGGGUGACGAAGCGGUUGCCGAAAUGUUCGAUUUUAUUCGGCAGUCAGUCGUGGAUCAUCGGAAACACUUCGACCCUAACGCGGAGCCUAAUGAUAUGGUCGAAUGUUUUUUGUUAGAGCAACAUGAACGACGUUUAAAGGGGGAUAUCGGUGUUUUUGACGACAUCAAUCUACUUCAGUUCACCUGGGACAUACUGAUAGGAGGAUGGCAGACAACAAACACUACCAUCCUUUGGUACCUAUUCAUUCUCGCCCAACAUCAAGUUGUCCAACACCAAGUCCAAGAAGAGCUGGACCGAGUUAUCGGACGAGACCGUCUACCGGGGCUCAAAGACAAAGGAUCUUUACCAUACGUCCUCGCCACCAUGGCCGAAUGCUAUCGGCUGAGUGGCCUCUUGCCGAUACAGAUUCCACAUCGUACACGAUGUGACGUAACAGUUGGACGAUAUGGCGUCCCUCAAGGAUCUUAUGUGGCGUCAAAUACACAUUUCUUAUGUUCAUCAUCAACAUUAUGGGAUGAGCCUGAGGAGUUUCGACCUGAGAGAUUUCUUGAUGAGGAUGGGGAGUUUGAUCAAAAGAGAGAGGCUGGUCUCGUUGAGUUUGGUGUUGGUCGUCGUGCAUGCCCAGGCGAGCAGUUAUCUCGCACAGAGCUCUUUAUCUUAUUUUCUCACGUCUUCCACCGUUUCGUCAUCGAACUCGACGACGACGUCCCAAGGACCAUGGAUGGGACGACUGGUCUGACAGUAAACCCAUUACCUUUUAAAAUACGAGCCACUCAGAGACGAUGAAUCACCUGUACGAGCCUCUCAGAGACGAUGAAUCACCCGUACGAGCCUCUCAGAGACGAUGAAUCACCUGUACGAGCCUCUCAGAGACGAUGAAUCACCUGUACGAGCCUCUCAGAGACGACGAAUGACCUGUACGAGCCACUCACACAGGAUGAGUGAGCAUGAGUGAGCAAAAACAAUUUGAAAAAAAGGAAACCAAAAAGUCACUUGGUGGGCGGUAUCUGAGUUUCAAAAAGAAAAUCACAUUUUUAAAAAGUUCAAUAUCUUCUCUUUAUUUUGAUACCUCAAUUACAGAAAACAGUCAAGAAAUAACAAAGUUCUAUUUAUUUAAAAUAAGGCUUUAAUUCCAAUAAUUUCACGAAGUGAAGAGGUUUUACAGGAUAGCUUUUAGACUUACUCGACACUCCGUUUUGUUGACGAUCAGCCACGCAGAAAGAGAGCAGAUAUUGAACUUUUUAGGCAUGUGAUUUUCUUUUUUAAAUUUUGAUACCCCCCGCCAAAUGACUUUUUGCUAUCUUUUAUUAAAAUUGUUUUUACUCACUCAUGUGUGGAUGAAAAGUCUUGUAUGUUAUAUCAGCUGAAAGAAGGCAUUCUAAGCUUUACAAUGAUCAGAUGAUAGGGAAUUUGUCUAUUGUAAUUGUGAUUAAGUUAUGAUCGCUAAACCUCGGUUUUUUUGUGGGACGCACUGUAUAGCCAGCUUCAUACUCCUCGCAACUUUAUAGAAUUUGUCCCCAUACGCCAUGUCUGGUUCCCUCAUAUAGUAUCGUUUGUCUCAUUGCGCUAUUGCACAGUAAUAUAGGAUAUUAAAGGUCAAGUCCACUCAAGGAAAAUGCUGACUUGAAUAAAUACAGAAAAAUCAAACUAGCAUAGUGCUGAAAAUUUCAUCAAAAUCGGAUGUAAAAUAAGAAAGUUAUGACAUUUUAAAGUUUCGCUUAUUUUUCACAAAACAGUGAUAUGCACAACUAGGUGAGUCAGUCGAUGAUGUCCAUCACUCACUAUUUCUUUUGUUUUUUAUUGUUUGAAUUACACAAUAUUUCAUUUUUUAUAGAUUUGACAUUAAGGACCAACUUGACUGAACCAUAUAGUAUUAAACAAUGCUAAUUCCACAUGUUCAGAGAGGAAUUAAUCGUUGUAUCACUUGUCAAUGAGGAGAAAAUUAGAAUAUUUCAUAUUUCCUAUAAUAAAAUACAAAAGAAAUAGUGAGUGGAUGACGUCAUAGUCUCCUCAUUUUGCAUUUCAGCCAAGAACUGCAUAUAACUGUUUUGUGAAAUUAAGCGAUAAUUUAAAAUGUCAUAACUUUCUUAUUUUACAUCCGAUUUUGAUGAAAUUUUCAGUGUUAUGCUUGUUGGAUUGUUCUCUUUUUAUUCAAAUCAACUUUUUGUUGGGGUGGACUUGUCCUUUAAUAGCAUUUGAACAAAGGUCGUCACAUGAUUUUUGUAGCAACGUUCUUGAAGAAAAAUAUAUAUAUGAAGGAGAACAGAAGCUGAAGAAGAUGUAUAGCAACUGAUAGGAAGGAAGAGGGGUCGACGGCGACAAGAAAAUUGGAGUGUUUAAUAUUAGGCAACCGUGUCAAAGUAACUGUUUGUGUCGCGUCUUCUAGCUACUAGAAUUAGACACUAUGCUAUGGGUGUUUUCAAAUCGGUUUCCCACGUUCUUCAUCAUAGUUUGUGAAAUGUGAAGAAUGAAAUGAAAAGCCUCUGAUGAGAUUCAUGCAGGAAAGACGCUGCUCUUAUUUUGACGAUAAGACUGAUUUACGAUGUUAUACGCCAUCUGUCGGUCACUUGAUCGACAUUAAUGAUUUUGAUCAUUGCUUGACUUGUAUAAUCAAGAGCAAAACUGCAAUUCAAUUCAGUUCAAUUCAUGGUUUAUUACGUAUAAAAAGCAAAAGUAUUACAAUUCAAAUAGGUACAUGAAAGAAGACGUUCAAUAGAUUAUAAAUACAUUUUAAAGAGCAAUUGUAAAUAAUAAUCCAUAUAAUUCAUAAAAUAAAAUUGUCAUUUUAAAAUUGUCAUUUUAUUUGUCUUCGUGCUAUAUUUUUACCAGUGUUCCCAGUGCAAUGUUAUUUUGAAAUUGUUGCCGUAUUUAUUUUCGUGCUAUAUUUAAACCAGUGUUCCCAGUGCACCGGUUGGUUUGGAUGAGGGACCAUCAGAUCACAGUCAUCCCCGGCAGUGAUCAUAUUUAUUUUUAACUUUCCUAGUAGCUCAUGUGAAUGAAUGCGCAUGUGCGUGUGUGUUUUUGUAAAUUUAGGUACUUGCCGUACUUUUGUAAGUUAUUUCAUUCUCCCCUUCCUCACUCUCUCUUCUCUAGGCUCUCCUAUCCUGUCUCCACUUUCAUCUUUUCGAUAUACCUCCUAGCUCGACUAGGAGGUAUAUUUAGCAUUUCAUCUGGGCAAAACUUGAAACACUUCUAAUAUUCAUCUCAAACUACUAUUAUAUUUUUCUAUUCGGAAGCUGAUAUGAUUAAUCAUAAAUUUGUAUGUUAUUCUAUUAAUGAAAUUCACAGUAUGUCGAAUUUUGCUACAUUUUGCCUUUCGUAUAGUCAUAAUAAUAUGUCUUCUUAUAAAUUUA